CGUCGGUGUUGGAAUUCUUCACUAUCAACAGGAACCGGCUGAGGAGCUGCACUGCGGUCUGAACCUCCUGCAGGGCGGUGAUUAUGCGGCCGGCGCGGCGUCUAUAAAUCGCGGCUUCAGCAGAGCUCAGCCCGGGCUUUGGGGGGCGCAUUCCUCGGAGUUUUGAUGUGCCCCCCACUCCUCCUGCCCCCUUUAAGAAGCUCAGUCCUGUCUACCCUAAUGGAGGUGAGCGGAGCCCCUGUUGAGGACAUCCUUCUCCAGCGUCCAUGGCUUCCUGUGAGUAUCUGUGGCUGCCAGCUCCUGGCCAAGAGCUUGUUUGGCGAGACAGCGUACCACAUCCUGCUCACCGACAUGCGCUGUGUGUGGGAGGAGAGAAUGGAUGCUGCAGCCAUCCAGAGCAGAGCACAGGAGCUUAACAGGCGGUUGCGAGCCCCAGUCAAAGCCUUCUUCUCUCACCUGUGUGAGGUGGCUAAGCCCUGCCUGUCAGGAAGUGACGGCCAAAUUGAAAACAAGGCUCAGAUUUCCCUGGUGCGACAGGAGGACGGUAACAUCAGCAUGAAGCUGAAGAGUGAGCUGGCAGGGCUCCCCUUCUACUGGGAGUUUCACUGCACCCCUGCCCCUGUUGCUUUGGUGUGCUUCCACCUUGUGCGCCCCCUGCUGAUGAUGAGCCGCCUACUGCAGCGGCGGGUCGAGCAGCUGGGAGGUCUGCUGAUGAGGAAGGACGCUGAGAUCCAGGACUACAGAGAGAACGGAGCCACACUCAGCAGAGAGCGCCUGCAGACAGAUGUUUUUGAGGAGCAAACCUACAGGGAGGACUUCAUGGCAAAGGCUCUUCCUCUGUUCUGUUCUGAAUGGCAGAAUGCUCUGGGCUUCGACGCCGAACUCCAGGAGCUGUACGCCGCCGUUGUUUCUCACGGAAAUGCACGAAAGCGCAAACUGUCCGAGGAGCACUCAGCUGAGGAGGUGGAGCCCGCCACCAAAGAGCCAGAACUCAUCUCGAACUCUCCAGAUGGUGCUUCUGUCAGCAGCGAACCAGCUGGAAAGGACAAAAAACAGAGCAACAACGGGGAGGCGGAAACACGCGGAGCCAAGAUGGCUGACAGACCCAAAGUGCAGCAGUCCCUUCCCGUCACAUCCAGCGCUGCAGAGCGACCAACUUCCAAACCAAAGAAGAAGAAAGUGGGCUUGUUCAGAUGAGCCCGAGCAGUAGGACGCACACACAAUUAAGAACACAGAAAAAGUGCCAUCCUUAAAAAGAACUUGUUUUUAAUUUUUUUUACACUCUUACAAACCUGCUUUUAAUAAAUUUUUAGAUUUUAGACUAAAAGUGUAAUUAAAUAAAUGUUUUGGUUUUUUUUUCUAUUUUUAACAUUUUUGUGCGCUGCAGCAUCAGGCUUUCUAUUUGUCGUUGCAAUGAUGACAAAUGUUUAAUUUCGUCUAGGUUUUACUCAACAAUUAGCCGCCUUCUAGCUGUAAGUGGGUUUGGGGCAUUUUAAAGAAGUCAAACUGUCAAUUAAAGAUAUAAAUCUAAUUUUAA